AUGCUUGCAAACACGCAGGCUGCAGCUCCAGCGGCGGCAGGCCUCCCUGCGGGCCAGCGCUGCUUCGUCUCGCACCAGCAGCACAUCCAGAGGCAACACAGGCCGCGCCUGGCAGCAGCCGCCGCCCGCGGCCCAGUGGCGGCAGCAGCGGCGGCAGCGCAAGUCCUGCCCAGCUGCGGCGGCCGGCGCCAGUUGCUGCUUGCAGCCGGCCUGCUGGCAGCCGGACCAGCAGUCAGCUGGCAGGUAGCGGCAGAGGAGGCGGCCGGCAGCUCCCGCCAGGUCUUCUUUGACAUCACCGUGGAUCGCAAGCCGCUGGGGCGCAUAGUGCCUCAAGACGCGCCUGCCAUCGGCGGCCAGCGCUUCCUGGACCUGGCGCAGGGCAAGGAGGGCGUGGCCUUCCGCAAGACCAAGUUUGAGCUUCUGGAAGACGGCUUCAUCCAGAACAGCGGGCUGAAGGCGCUGAGCUACCAGGCCUCGGGGCGCACAGCAAUCACGGGUGGGCUGGACACCGAGCUUUUGGAGGAGGAGCUGGCGGCGCAGCAGCGGCGGGGCGGCACCGUGCACGGCGCGCCCGGCCUCGUCUCGUUCCUGGUGAAGCCUCGCAUCGAGAUUGUGUCCAAAGACAAGCUGGUUGCUUCCAAGGGCAAGCUCAUCACCGUCACAGAGACGUUUGGCGAGAUCCCCAACGGCAGCUCCUGGGCCAUUACCACAGAGGCUGUGCCAGAGCUGGAUGACACGCACCUGGUGGUGGGCCGGGUGGUGCAGGGCAUGGAUGUGGUGCGGGCGGUGGCGGCGCUGCCUCGCGUCAAGGACAACACCAAUUCCCCUUUCUUCCAGUACGGCAAGGCCACAGGCGACAAGCGCGCGGACGUGGCACAGAGAGCGUUCAAGAAGGCAUUCAACAAGAUCGUGGUUGACGAGUGCGGCUACCUCUAG